ACAGUGGAGACAUAGCAGCAGAUAGCGUUACUGGACAGAAAAAAAAAGUGGCUAGCAGCUACAAGUUAGCUAGACUAGGUCACUAGAACAGCAAUGGGCAGACCGGGUUGGUCCAGUCUCAUGCAGGAAGAUCGAGACGGAUUGCACCCUGUUAUGCUGCCGGAAUUCGGGUCCGUUACUAGCUUAAUGCACGAGGAGGUUGGUCAACUAGAAGGCGGGCUGAGUGCCCGGCUUGGUCAUGGGACUCUAUAUCAUGUUGUCGUUACCGACGGGGCGUUGUUGGGUAGCAAUGGAAAGCAUUGUUUUUCCUUGAAUGUUUUCAUGGGUCGACAGCGUUCCCCAACGGUUCUUCGGCCAGUGUACCCCGAUAUUGGGCUCGGACGGGUGAGCCUUGGUUGGGAAACAGUUUAUUCCUUUCUUUUCUUUUUUCUCUUCCCUUGCUGCCACUGUUGGGUUUACUCAACGUGAUUUCCGGCUAUAAGGCUGGAACUACUCUGGAGGAUAAUGUUUAUGUCAUUGGGUCCUCGAGUUAUCUUGAGUA